CUUAAUCGGUCACGUGGAAUAGCGGAAAGUCAAGUCAAGUUAAUAUGUAAAUAAUUAGUUAUUGCUAUUAAUCGUUACGAUUAUUAACGAUUUAUGCAUUAGUCAGUCUGUUUUUAACUGUGAACCAUAAUGGACGCCUACGGCUAUAUUUUGAUUUUAUGUCUCAUGCUGCAAGGGCUAAGUUGUCAGCCGAUGGUUGAGGAGGGAGACCUGAUCAGGGAUCCGGUGGAAGACGAGAGCACCCUGGCUCCAACCACCACGGAAAUCAGUCCCCCAGAGCCGAAUUGCAUCACAGCCAAGGGUGUGCCGGGCACGUGUGUGACCCGACAGUAUUGCGACUACAGUACCUCGGCCAUAGACCUCACAUUAUAUGCUCCUCGCGGCUACGUGAAACCCUGUAAAACGGAGGACGUAUGUUGCCCCUUCGAUUCAAUUAUUAAAGCAAAAGAAACAAGUCAUGGUGAUAAUGACACGACUGGGUUUGAAUUUGACGACGAUGAUUAGUUAAUUUAUUUAAAAUCUAAGAGCCAUUUGGCUCUAAUUACUAUUGGACAAGAGCGUCGUGUACAAAUCACAGAUUAUAUAAUAUAUUUUUUGUCAAUAAUACAUUUUUAAAAUACUUGUAGGAUUUAAAUAAGAAGUUACAUUCUUCGACCAUGCUAGGUACUCUGUUGUAGUAAUGUAAGUUUAGCUAGCUUAGUAAUAAAAAUAAAGAUCAGAAAAAUAAAUUAAAAGGCCUUUACCAA